AUUAUUAUGAUUAUUGUUAUCAGAGAAAGAUAAAAGCGAAAUAAGAAAGUGAACAGGGAUCCUCCUUCUGUGCAAUAAAUUAUAUUCCCAGUAGGUGACGCUCUCUGCCAGCACGCUGCACAACCCAGCGAUUGGGAGGCGCACACUGACUUCAGCCUAACGAUUCUCAUCUCGUCAUCAUUUGUAACCAUAGCGCAUGAAUUACCUCUUGAAGUCAUCAGUGAGAAUUUACGACUGGUCAACAAAAGCACGUGAUUCCCCACCGCACCCCCACCCCCAUAUUUGGCCGCAUACAUAGCAAAAACGAAGUACAGUGCAUUGCUAUAAUUCAUUAAUACAUCAUAAAUCGUGAAGCACAGCGUUAUAACGACCAAGAUCUACAAAUCAAGCCCUCUAAAAUAACCUAAAUGAGCUCUUACUUUGUAAACUCGUUCUCAGGGCGCUACCCAAAUGGCCCCGACUAUCAGAUACUAAAUUAUGGAACCAGCAGCAGCGCUAUGAACGGUUCGUACAGGGACCCCGGCACCAUGCAUUCGGGCUCAUACGGUUACAACUACAAUGGAAUGGACCUAAGCGUCAAUCGCUCAGCCUCCUCCAGCCACUUUGGGGCUGUUGGAGAUAACUCCCGUGGUUUUCCGUCUCCAGCCCCGGAGACGAGGUUCCGGCAGCCGUCGAGCUGCUCGCUGUCGCCUCCCGAGUCUCUGCCCUGCUCCAACAGCGAGACGCUCGGACCCAAAAGCUCCUCGUCCCCUUCCGAUCAGACCGCCAGCGCGGCCAGCAAUAACCUCACCACCAACAACAGCAGCAGCAGCAGCAGUACACAUUUCACAGAGCUAGACGAGACCAGCGCCUCUUCUGAGACCGAAGAAGGCACCCACAGAGCCAGCAACCCCAUUCCCCGGACACAGCAACAGCAAGAGGCUGCCGCAACCUCCGCGACAGCGGCGGUCGAGGGGCAGGCGCCGCAAAUAUUCCCCUGGAUGCGGAAACUCCAUAUUAGUCAUGAUAUGACUGGACCAGAUGGGAAAAGGGCCCGGACAGCGUACACCAGAUACCAGACGCUAGAGCUGGAGAAGGAAUUUCAUUUCAAUAGGUAUCUAACCCGGAGGAGGAGGAUAGAGAUAGCCCACGCUCUCUGCCUGUCGGAACGGCAAAUUAAAAUCUGGUUCCAAAACAGGAGAAUGAAAUGGAAGAAGGAUAAUAAAUUGAAAAGCAUGAGCCUCGCUACUGCAGGUAGCGCAUUUCAACCCUAGUGUGCGUUUUAAGAAAUAGAAAUUAAAAUGUUGGAGGAGGGAAAAAAUGAAAAUAAAAAAAUAAAUACGAAUAACACUAUUCUGAAUCCGGAGUACUGUACAGAGAGGCAUCUUCUCCGCAUGUUGUUGGUGUUUAAGACAACUAUAAAAAAAAAUCUACUGUGGUACUGCUAACACAAACUUGUGUUUAUCUGUUGUUGUCGUUUUUUUGUUUUUGUUGUUUUUUAAAUGACGUUUUUUUUUUAUUUGAAAAGGGAAAAAAUAUGCUCUCCAAUGCCCGUUGUUAUUGUUAUAAAUAUCGUUUUCGGUGUUAAGUGCAUUGUUGAUGCUUUCUUGAAAGUUAGCAUGUUUCCUGUGAGCUCCUAAAUGUUAUAACUUAUUUACAAUCUGUAACAGCUGUAUAGUUUUAAGUUUACAAUCUAGAAUCUCCUCUGCCCCAGUAAAAAAAAAAAAACAUAGACGCUCGUGGCUCUUGCAAAACAUUUGCAAAAGUCUUUGCUCUGUUACUUUUUGUGUUAUUUUAUUAUUUUGUCAUGUCUUCAGAUUUUACUUUAUUUUGUUUAAAAAGAAGAAAUGUACAUUGCAGUCUAAAUUUCUGUCUCCGUUCAUUAAGUGUGUAUAAUUCUAUUCGAAAUGGUAAUUGUAUAUUAUUGUAUCAUUCAUACGCUCCAGAGAAGAUGUACAUACUAGACAUGUUACUGUGACCAAUAGCUUGUUUGUAGUGGGCAGAGUGAAUGACAAACGUUUUGUGGAAAAAAUGGCAACUGUCAUGUCUGACUGCCUGUAAGCAUUUUGCCAAUAAGCUUUUUGUAUUUGUUUGUAGCUUAACUUGAAGUAAAAAAAAACAAUAAAGUUUCUCUUAUUCAGA